AGUGAUGCUGCUGUGCUCUGUGUUGAAACAGGAGGAAAUUGUCGAGGUAUUCUGCAUGAUGAGACUCAAGCAGUAAACUUACACACACCAGGUUCAUUCAACAUCUGUCAAAGCUACUUUGAUUGAAUAUUGCUGCCGGUUACUGUACAAUGCGGGCGUGAAGCGGAGGAGGACAGUCAUAAGAGUGUUGUUGAUCUGGAUAAAUAAACUUCAUCAAGUCUGAAAACUCUCCGGAGACUGGAGGAUCUUCAAGGCGCAGUGAUGGUGAACAGCCAGGUCCCGGGCGGUGUGUGUGUGUCCCGCUCGUGUGCCGGCUGCGGGGGCCGAAUCUCGGACCGGUUCCUGCUGUUCUCCAUGGAGCGGUACUGGCACUCGCGCUGCCUGAAGUGCUCCUGCUGUCAGGCUCAGCUGGGGGAGAUCGGCUCCACGUGCUACAGCAAGAGCGGCAUGAUCCUCUGCAGGACCGACUACAUCAGGUUGUUCGGGCACACUGGAGCAUGCAGUGCGUGUGGUCAGUCCAUUCCUGCCAGUGAAAUGGUCAUGCGGGCGCAGGGAAACGUUUACCACCUUAAGUGCUUCUCCUGUGCAACGUGCAGAAACCAGUUGGUCCCCGGGGACCGGUUCCAUUAUGUAAACGGCACCAUAUUUUGUGAACACGACCGUCCCGGAGCAGCACUUCUCAACACUCACCUGCAGAGCAACCCAGUCCUGCCCGACCAGAAGGUUUGCUGAAGGACUCUUCAUCUCUGCUCCUCUCAUGCACUUAUUUUUACAGCCUAAAAUUCACACGCAGACUCGAUUGAAUGAGACGCUCCUUCGGGCUGAUGGAAGCAUUUCUGUAUCUCAGACUUCAGAUGAAGCCGCGGCGGAUCCUGCAGUAUCUCUCAUGCUGAUAUCGUGGCCCCUGAAAACAGAAGUAGCGUGUCUAUUUUCACACAGGAUAUCCUGCCAGAAUGGCGUCUAACCUCGCAGAGAAACCUUCAGCGCUCGCUUGUGUUAAACUCUGCUCACUUUGUUUUCAAUUUCAUGUCAGAUUUGUUUGAAGCAGAAUUUUCAUUGAGAGAAUGUAGAGUUGAAGUCAGAACUACUCGCCCUUCUGUACGUAUUUGUCCACUAUUUUUGAUUUUUUUUCAACACAAAUCUUAAUAGUUUUAAUAACUCAUUUCUAAUUACUGAUUUCUUUCUCUUUGUCAUGAUGACAGCACA